GUGGUGGGAAGCAGAAGGACAAGGGCGAGGGCCAGGGGCAGCAGAGCAGCAUCCCAGCUCCUGACAGCCACCUGCUGCACCGGGCCCCAUUCCCUGGGACCUCUAACCUCACCCAGGAGGCCUGGUCUGGCCAGCUUUCCCCAGCUUCCAGCCGCUGAGCCUGGUCCCUCCCCACUCUCUCCAGUCCUCCCUCCUGGUCCCCCUUCCUCUAGAGUCCCUUCCUCCGCUUCUCUCUUUGCAGAAUUUCUUCAUCCCAAGCCCCUCCCCUUUUCCUGACCUCCUCCCUUGGGUGGGCUCCACCUGGCCCAGACCAAAGGGAAGAUGUGGGAGGCUCAGUUCCUAGGCUUGCUGCUUCUGCCACAGCUGUGGGUGUCUCCAGCGCCUGGGGCAGAGGUCCCCGUGGUGUGGGCCCAGGAGGGGGCUCCUGUCCAGCUCCCCUGCACACCCACAAUAGCCCCGAAGGAUCUCAGCCUUCUGCGUAGAAGUGGGGUCACUUGGCAGCAUCAGCCAGACAGGCAGCCCCUGCAGCCCCACGUGCAGCUGGACGAGCGCGGCUUCCAGCGCGGGGACUUCUCACUGUGGUUGCGCCCAGCCCGGCUCACCGACGCCGGCGAGUACCGCGCCGCCGUGCGCCUCCGGGACCGCGCCCUCUCCUGCCGCCUCCGACUCCGUGUGGGCCAGGCCUCGAUGACUGCCAGCCCCCCAGGCCCUCUCAGGAUCUCCGACUGGGUCGUUUUGAACUGCUCUUUCAGCCGCCCAGAGGGGCCAGCGUCUGUGCAAUGGUUCAGGGGCCAAGGCCGAGUCCCUGUCCAGGAGUCCCCUCAUCACCACUUGACCGAAAGCUUUCUCUUCCUGCCCCGAGUCAGUGUGUUGGACUCGGGGCCCUGGGGCUGUACCAUCACUUACAGAGAUGGCUUCAAUAUCUCCAUCACCUACAACCUCACUGUUCUGGGUCUGGAGCCCCGAGUCCCCCUGACGGUGUAUGCUGGAGCAGGCUCCAGGGCAGAGCUGCCCUGCCACCUCCCUCCUGAUAUGGCGAGCCCUGCUUCCCUGAGCGCCAGGUGGGCCCUGCCUGGGGGAAGCCCUGACCUCCUGGUGGCUGGAGACAAGGGCAACUUUACCCUUCUACUAGAGGCUGUGAGCCAGGCCCAGGCUGGGACCUACACCUGCCACGUCCGUCUGCAGGGCCAGCAGCUCAGUGCCACCGUCACUUUGGCAGUUAUCACAGUGACUCCAAAAUCUUUGGGGUUACCCAGCUCCCUGGGGAAACUGCUUUGUGAGGUGACUCCAGCAUCUGGACAAGAGCACUUUGUGUGGGGACCCCUGGAUGACAGCUCCUGGAGGCGUUCCCCGGGACCCUGGCUGGAGAUGCACAAGUCCAGGCUUCGUUCCCAGCCUUGGCAGUGCCAGCUGUACAAGGGAGAGAGGCUUCUCGGAGCGGCCGUGUACCUCCCAGAGCUGUCCAGCCCAGGUGCCCAGCGCUUGGGGAGAGCCCCAGGUGCCCUCAGAGCAGGCCACAACACUGUCUUUGUCGUCCUUGGUGUCCUCUCCCUGCUCCUUCUGGUGACCGGAGCCCUUGGUGUUCACCUUUGGAGAAGACGGUGGCGACCCAGAAGAUUUUCUGCCUUAGAGCAUGGGAUUGACCCUCCUCAGGCUCAGGGCAAGAUAGAGGAGCUGGAGCAAGGACUGGAGUUGGAGUCGGAGUGGGAGCUGGGGACAGGGCCAGAGCCGGAGCCGGGGCCCGAGCUAGAGCCGGAUCCGGAGCGGGAGCCGGGGCCAGAGCCGGAGCCGGGGCCAGAGCCGGAGCAGCUCUGACCUGGAGCAGCUGGGACCUGCAGCCAGGCAGCCCUCAGGCAGAUCUCACAGCUCAGUCCAAUAAACUCCCUGUCAGCA